AGCAAGAACAAUUAUUCAGAAAAGUAUCUCAAACUCUAAUCUCUCUCAAAUUUGUCACCUAUCCCUAGGCCGUCGGCCAUUCUUCUCCUCGAUCCCCAAUUUCCUCUUCUAAAUCCCUAAUCUCCAAUUCUGUUCUUCCCCAAUUCUAUCUCAAUCCCUAAAUAUCUAUCAAUUCCCAAUCUUAUCACUCGAUCGUUAGAACCCUAGAAAUAGGUUUCUAACAUUUGGUAUCAGAGCCCGGUUUCGAGAAUUGAGUUUUUCACAACUCUCAACCGGGGACGAGUUCUACAAUUUGUUUGACGAUGAGCUCUUCAAAGCUCUCGAACCUGUCGUGGGCAGAGCUGCGUGACCGGGCUCGCCGCAUCAGACGCCGUUGGAGCUCCGAAGAGUCGCCGACCGUGCAAGCAGAGACGGUGACCCGAAUCGCCGACGGCGAGCGACCACCAACGCCGGCCGAGGCCGACGAAGCGGUGGAAGUCACUGUCGGAGGGAGCGACACGGAACCGGCGAUGAAGGAGAAAGGCGGCGACAUCGCCUCUUCUUGGGCUAUUCAGGAACCCAGCUGGGGGAUCCGGUCGCCAGUCGCGAAGGGAGAAGGGGCUCCGCGGUCGCCGGCAGUUCCAGUCGCGGCGACGAAGGUUAGGAAGGCGGAGCUGGGAACCGACGCGACGGGGACGGGCAUGCAACUGCUGGCGGCGUCGGGUCUCGUGUCGAACGGCAUGGAGAGGAAGUCGAGAAGGCCGGAAUCCCGGUCAACUUCUAACCGCCAGCAAGAGUUCGUGACGGCGAAAAUUGGGUCGAAGAUGGUGAGGGAGGCAACCAAGAAGGAGGACGACAGUCUUCUUCAUGAGAACCCUAGGGCAGUAAUCCGGGUCGUGGAGCAGCAGCGGCAGCAACGAGUCGGGCGGGCCACGCUCGAGUUCUUGGGCCGAACAGAUCGGCGGGGCGGGCUAGCACGAACGGGCCCUCGGCUGCGUACACACAGACAAGCAGAGGGACUGAAUGAUGAAGAUGGGCCUCAUAUAAGCCCUAUGGAAUCUCUUUUACAUAGUGUGGGCUUGAAUAUGAAGAAAGUAGGAUUUAUGGGCUUAGAUGAGCACUCUGAUACUUACUUUGUGGAUUUUGGAAAGGGGGGUGCACAGUCAUUAGGCUAUGGCUACGACGCUAGCCACGUGGAUAAGGAAGAAUUCGUUUGAGUCGGAGUUGUUGGCGUGGGAUACGUUCGAGUAGUGGAGCACGAUUGGAAGAAAAGAAAGCGCAAGAAUGGAGGAGGCAAAACGUGGAUUGCACGGUAGACUUGAAGAAAUGGGUCAAACUGAUCAACCUUGAGGGCAAGGUUGGUCUCAAGGGGGAUGGGAUGUUAGAAACACGUUUUCUAAGGAAAACGAGUUUCUAUAUUAUCAUUAUUAUUAGGUUUUAUUAAAUAUGGUUAGUAGUCUUUAAGUAGAAUUAGGUUUAGUAUUAGGUUUUUCUAUCUUUCGUUAUAAAUAUGUACUUUGCGUUUUAUUCCUAAUGAAGCAAGAACAAUUAUUAAGAAAAGUAUCUCAAACUCUAAUCUCUCUCAAAUUCGUCACCUAUCCCUAGGCCGUCGGCCAUUCUUCUCCUCGAUCCCCAAUUUCCUCUUCUAAAUCCCUAAUCUCCAAUUCUAUUCUUCCCCAAUUCUAUCUCAAUCCCUAAAUAUCUAUCAAUUCCCAAUCUUAUCACUCGAUCGUUAGAACCCUAGAAAUAGGUUUCUAACAGAUUCUGACUGUAGUCAAGAAAAGCUGAGUUAAUUU